GACACAUCUCAGUCAUCCGACAUAUACGAGGGAAUCAGACGAGAUGAAUGUCUUCGGUACCUAUACAGACAGCAUCUCCACGCCGCUGCUGGGAGGAGAGUGUGGGAAGCGUCUGAUUCCCAACGUGAUCGACGCUACAGCCAAAGCCACGCCGGAUGUUGAGUGUUUAUCCGUCCCACGAAGCAACGGCAACCCCAGCGCCGGAUGGAAGCCUGUCAGCUGGGCGCAAGUGGCCAACGCGGUCAAUUAUGUAGCUCACAUGCUCAUUGCUGAGGCCGGGGUCCCGACCCCUGGGACCUUUCCCACAGUGGCCUACAUCGGCCUGGAAGACCCCCGAUAUCCGAUCUUCGCGAUCGGUGCGAUCAAAGCGGGCUACAAGGCUCUGUUCAUCUCACCACGCAACUCGACCGAGGCGCAAGUGAACUUAUUCAACAAGACAGACUGCAACCUGCUCUACCACGAAGCAGACUUCGCCAACAUGGUUCAACCGUGGGUGGAGGGGCGUCCAGGAAUGAAGCGCGUGGCUGCCGCUGCUUGGAAAGAAUGGGUGUACACGGAGGUCGCGCCGUUUCCUUACAACAAGUCCUUCGACGAGGCCGAAUGGGAUCCAUUUGUGGUGUUGCACACGAGCGGCAGCACGGGGCUGCCUAAGCCUGUCAUCAUCAACCAGGGCAUGCUCGCCUUGAACGACCUGCAUCGCUAUGUCCCCGAGUACGAGGGCAAUCUGCCGUGGCUGGCGCAUUGGGCCAAAUUCCCAAAUACGCGCUACCUGUGCAUUUUCCCCCUGUUUCACACCGGCGGGAUCGCGCCGACCAUUCUGAUGGCUUUUUAUUACAACGCGGCGAUUGCGUUUAGAGAUCCCUCAGUUCCCAUUACGGGUGAUAAUGUGGUCGAGUGGCUGCGGAAUACCGGGGCGGGCUGGACAUUGAUCCCGCCGGCCAUCCUGGAGCAGAUGUCGCGGUCGGAUGUUGCGGUCCAGGAGUUGAAGAAGCUCCAUGCUGUGGGUUUCGCAGGAGGUCCCAUAGCUCCCACGCCAGCAGAGAACCUGUUAAAACAUGAGGUGAAGCUGGUCAAUGCUAUUGGAGCGACUGAGUACAUCUACAUGCCCUAUUACAACAACCCUGAUCCCACCCUGUGGCCGUGGUUUAUCGUUCCCUCGGAUUUGAUGGGCAUUGACUGGCGUCCUUCGGGGCAAGAGAACACGUACGAGCAGGUCAUUGUGCGCAAGGACAAGGACCACCCCGGCCUGCAGGGCUGCUUCUACGCUUUCCCCGAGCUGCAGGAGUUCAGUACGAAGGACUUGUACCGCCCACACCCAACCCUGGCCAAUCACUGGACGUACGUUGGCCGAGCCGACGACAUCAUCGUCUUCUCCAACGGCGAGAAGCUCAACCCCACAACAAUCGAAGGCGCCGUGAUGGGCCAUGCGGGCGUACGCGGCGCGCAGGUCGUCGGCACCAACUACUUCCACGCCGCUCUGAUCAUCGAGCCGGCCAACCACCCGCAGACUGAGCAGGAGAAACAGCAGUUGCUCGACAACAUCUGGCCGAUUGUGGAGAAGGUCAAUGUCGAGACAGUCGCUCACGGGCGCAUCUCCCGCGACUAUAUGUUCUUGUCUGAUCCAGAACGCCCUUUCCCUCGCGCCGGUAAGGGCACCAUUCAGCGAGCCAUGGUCGUCAAGGUCUACUCCGAAGACAUCGACCGGAUCUUCACCACCACCAGUGACGCGUCCGUUGUCGCGGUGGAUCUGAACCUCACCUCGAAGGAGGGCUGGGACGCGACGAUGCGCAAGCUCGUGCAAAGCGUGCUCAAGCUCCCCACCCUCUGCAUGGACCAGAACUUCUUCGCGGCCGGCGCGGAUUCCCUCCAAGCCAUCCAGCUCGCCCGCUCCCUCCGCGCAAGCCUGGGAAAGGCGACUGGCGUGUCGAGCACCUCCACAGUCGACGCACAAACCAUCUAUAGCUACCCCACCAUCGACCAGCUCGCCAACUACGCCUACUCCCUCACCACCAUCACCACCUCCUCGCCCACCGCAGCAGACGCUGACGACGUAACGACCUGCACGACCUUCCUCGAAAAAUACACCCACUCCCUCCCCGCCGCCAACCCAACCAAACCCCCCGCACUCACCACCGCCCAAACCAUUUUAAUCACUGGCACAACCGGGACCCUGGGUCCCUACCUCCUUUCCACCGCGCUCUCCAACCCCAACAUCGCACAUAUCAUCUGCCUCAACCGCGAUCCCCAGGCCGCAACCCGCCAAAAGACCAGCCACGCCACCCUCUCCCUCCCCACCGACUUCUCGCGCGUCGAAUUCCACACCGCCGACCUCACCCACCCGACCCUCGCCCUCCCCGCCUCGACCUACACCUCCCUCCUCCAGCGCGUGGAUCGAAUCGUCCACAACGCCUGGCUCGUGAACUUCAACCUGACCCUCCCUUCCUUCGAACCCAGCAUCCGCGGCGUCCGCCACCUCAUCGACCUCAGCGCCGCCUCCCCGAGAACAAUCCCUAUUACCUUCAUUUCCAGCGUCAGCUCCGUCGCCCACUGGCCGUUCUCCGAGCAGAAGGUCCCCGAAGGCGGGCUGGAAGAAUGGACCCUCGCCGCCCCGGGGUAUGGCCAAUCCAAGCUCCUCGCCAGCCGCGUGCUGGAUGCAGCCAGCAAGGUCUCUGGGAUUCCGUGCUCGGUGAUCCGGGUGGGACAGGUCGCUGGCCCGCGCGGCGACAAGGGGAUGUGGAAUGUGAAGGAGUGGGUGCCGAGUGUGAUUCGCAGUUCGGUGUUUUUGGGGGUGUUGCCGGGGGAGUUGGGCGGGUUGGGGGCGGGGUUGGCGUGGAUGUGUGUGGAGGAUGUGGUGAGUGUGAUUCUGGAGGUUGCGGUUGAUCUGGAGAUCCGGCACGGGUCGAGGUAUUUCCACGCGGUGAAUCCGUGUGUGGUGGAUUGGGCGGCGUUGGUGCCGGGGUUGUGUGAGUUUUAUGCCGGGAGGAUUCACCGGGUGGUUUCGUUCGGGGAAUGGGUGGGGAUGCUAGAGAGGAGUCUGGAGACGAUGGGUGAGGGGGAUGUGGAGCGGAAUCCGGGCGUCAAGUUGUUGAGUACGUUCAAGAAGGCUGCAGGUGGUGUCGGGGUGAAAGUUGGGUUUGAGACUGCGCGCACGGAGAUGGUCAGUCCUACAUUGCAGAGGGUUGGGCCGGUGACGCCGGAGUUGAUGAGGCAUUGGUGUGAGCAGUGGCAGUUUUGAGAGCGGGAUUCAAUACAGGAUGUCUCUGGUCUAGGGUCAGGCAAUAGACAGUACUCAUCCCCCAGUCCAAAGCACUUCGUCAUUUCCUCAGACAACAUUUCAAACCGGGGUAGUACAAAGAAGACAUCCCAGCGAGUUCUGAUUGAUCCAUUAUGGACUUCGUGUUGAGGUACGCGGGCGGAGGAUGAGAGUCGCGGUGGUUUAUCCUCCUGGUACGCAGGAGCGAGGCAGUACCCAGCUUAUAAAUAGCUGAGUCGAGGUGGUUUUUUCCCAAGCCAAUGCACUAGAGCUCCCUCUGUUACCGGUUGCUACGGUCAUCUUUCCAUGAUUCAUUGAUAGGCGUUUUUGUCCUCUUGCCUGAAGACUUUCUCGGGCGACAUCAAGAGAGAUGGGAGGAUGAGGUAAGGCAUCGGACAAUUCUCUCACUCAUAAGGUCUUGACUCACUGCCUUGUUCGGUGGGAGGCGGUGGUCCUUCAGACCUCAAC